UUGUCUGACGUCACGGCUGGAGCUGCCCUGUCACGCGCGAUCAGUAAAAGUUGGGAUUGAAGCUCGACUCCGCAAAGCUGCGUUUUUCAGGCUUUUAAACUGCAUCCCCAGAAGAAAACCAAUUUCGUAUAACUUCUCGGAAAGCGUUAUUCGGACUCGAGCAGGAAGUAUUUGUCACCGAGGGAAAGCAGCUAAAGUAACAGAAAUUCUUAGCAGUUGAGCAGCUCGAAUUAACGCUAAUGAAGGAGGUUAUUCGCCCGGAGUGACCGUUGGUCCUAAUUAGCUCAGUUUUUUUCUUCUCGGCGUCACAAAAAAAUAACUUUGUGACCGUAUUAAAUGUUUUGAAAGCCUGCCGGCCGGUCCGGGGAGGGAUUUCGCACAGAGUUGCUAAAGACAGUGACGUGGGGUUCUAGCUGUCAAAGCCGAUGACUACCGCGGACUGCGGCGGUAAUGAAGAGCUGGACUUCAGACUCAUGUUCGGGGAGGACGGCCAGCCGCCACCGCCGCCACUGGGCCCCGCAGAUCUCGAAUCUGAUGAAAACGGCUCAUUUUACAUCUUCAAUGUUGGCCAGCCCCCAUCUUUGGUCAACCAGCCUAUUGGAAUUCCCCGCCAUGGCCCGCAAUCUCACUCGCCAGUUGUUUCAGUGCCGCCCCGUUCACACGCGUACAAGGGGUAUGAGUUCAGCUAUGAUGGACCUAGGUACAGCCCGACAGGGGUCGGCAAGGCCUUUGAGUGCCCCAGCAUCCAGAUCACCUCUAUCUCACCCAGUUGUCAGCAGGGCAUGGAAGCUAGUGGAGGUCACCUGGCAACUGGAGAUGCUGAUGCUGAAGGCACAGAUCGGCCACUCUCUCGGGGCCACCUGUACCUUCCAUUGGAGACCUCGUUCCGGGACUUGCCAAUGAACUCCAGCCCUUGCAGCAGCCUUUCCUCCCGGAGCUGGUUCUCGGAUGCUUCUUCCUGCGAGUCCUUUUCGCACGUGUAUGAUGACGUGGACUCAGAGCUGAAUGAAGCGGCUGCUCGCUUCACACUGGGCUCCCCACUGACCUCGCCUGGCUGCUCCCCAUUGGGCGGCCCUGCUGAGGAACCAUGGCAGCGUGCCCGUGCUGCUCUCAGCUCUCAACUGUCACCCCGCCAGUCACCUGGUCACUCACCGGGCCACUCGCCUCGUGCUAGUGUGACAGAUGAGAACUGGCUAAGCCCACGGCCCUCCUCUCGGCCCUCCUCACGGCCUUCUUCUCGCCCAGCCUCUCCAUGUGGAAAAAGGCGCCACUCUAGCGCUGACCUAUGCCGACCAGGCUCUGCCUCUCCACACCAUUCUCCUGGCCCUACUCCCGGUCACUCCCCCCGAGGAAGUGUGACAGAAGACACCUGGGUAGGCAGCCCCUCCCUAGGGAUGUCCCUCCCCUUCCAAUGCUGCCCAUCUGAGGCAGACAUCCCCUCAAAAACCAGGAAGACCUCCCAAGAGAGGGUGUCCCUGCCAGGGAAAUGCGAUCUGGGCCUGGAAGACCCAAGCUGUAUGUCACCUGCGCUGGACUCUCCUGUGGAAGACACCCUGAAGAAGGACACUCUGGGGGAGCAGUUCCUGUCCGUCCCCUCACACUUUACUUGGAACAAACCAAAGCCUGGGCACACACCUAUCUUCCGGGCCUCAUCCUUGCCCCCUCUGGACUGGCCCCUCCCCAGCCAAUUUGGACAGUAUGAGCUCAAGAUUGAGGUGCAGCCUAAGGCCCACCACCGUGCCCACUAUGAGACAGAGGGGAGCCGGGGGGCAGUCAAGGCAGCCUCAGGUGGCCACCCAGUGGUCAAGCUCAUAGGUUAUAAUGAGAAGCCAGUGAACUUGCAGAUGUUUAUUGGAACAGCUGACGAUCGCUACCUCAGACCGCAUGCCUUCUACCAGGUGCACAGGAUCACAGGAAAAACGGUUGCCACCGCCAGCCAGGAAAUCAUAGUUGCCAGCACCAAGCUUCUCGAAAUUCCUCUCCUUCCUGACAACAAUAUGUCAGCCAGCAUCGACUGCGCUGGGAUCUUAAAGCUGCGCAACUCUGACAUCGAAUUGCGGAAAGGCGAGACGGACAUCGGGCGCAAGAACACGCGCGUGCGGGUGGUGUUCCGCGUCCACGUGCCGCAGGCCAGCGGCAAGGUCCUGUCCCUGCAGGUCGCCUCCAUCCCAGUAGAGUGCUCUCAGCGCUCUGCACAGGAGCUACCUCAAGUGGAUAAAUGCAGCCUGAACAGUUGCUCCAUCAGCGGUGGAGAAGAGAUGGUCAUAAUGGGCUCCAACUUUUUUCCGGAGUCGAAAGUCAUCUUCCAAGAGAAGGGACCGGAGGGAAGACCGCAGUGGGAAGUCGAAGCAAAAGUUGUGCGAGAAAGAAGUCAUGGAUCAAGCCUCGUGCUGGAGGUUCCUCCAUACCACAACAAGGCCGUGACCUCUCCAGUCCAGGUGCAGUUCUUUGUGUGUAACGGGAAACGGAAAAGAAGCCAGUGCCAGCGCUUCACGUACCUGUCAGUGGUGAAGCAGGAGCAUCGAGAUGAAAUGGACCUUCCUGUUGGCCCCCCAGCAGCCUUGAGCCAGGCGCACCACUUGACCAGACCCCAGCAGCCUUCCCCUGACCGCCUCCAGCCACACGACAGCCUCCUAUCCAGCUCCCCGCAAAACCUAGUUGCCGGUUUGCCAGCUCCUCAGCAAGUCUACCCGCACUUAGGGGCACCAUCCUUCCAGCAGUUGUCUCCACUCGAGGCCCAUGGGCUUGGCCCUGACUGCCAGAUGGUGGGCGCAGCCCUUGGAUUCAUCACAGCGCCACCUCCGCCUUGCCCUGCUUACCAAUCCAUGCCGUGCGGUUUGCGAUACAAUGGCCAGCCGAGCCUUCCUAUGACCACCACCUCACCACAGGCCUAUGAGCCAAUCACCUCCUACCAGCUUGACCCAGCCACCUCCCACCCCCUGAAUCUGGGUGUACUGUACCACUCCUCCCUUGGCACAGCCUCUAGUUGUGCUCCUCCAGGUCCCCUGACCCUUGGCUCCUCGCACUUGCAUUCCCUUGGCUUCCCGUGCCCUAAUCCAGGACAGGCCCCUUGCCCCAGCUAUCCAAACACAGCAUCCUGCCCUUCCUCAGCCACUGCCCCGCCCCCAACAGUGCCUUCCCCUCACUCUGGUCCCUCGUCCCCCCAACUGCCGCCACUGCCAUACCAGUCCCCAAAUGGUGGUUCGGCCUCCUCACCCUCGCCAACAUCCAGCAGCCCCUUGAUGCAUCUGCCAUGCUCUGGUCAGGCCUCGCCACAGGCAUCCAGCCCCAGCAUGGGUGGCCUGGCAUCGGCAGGUGCUCUGUGCCCACCCCUGACGCCCCACUCUCCCUUUUCACCUGAGGCAGAGCAGCCGCACAUUAAGCAAGAGCCAGAAGACAAGGAGCUCACAUUCCAGUCCAUCGGCCUGCAGGACAUCACUUUGGACGAUGUGAACGAAAUCAUCGGUCGAGAUAUGUCCCAGACUCCAGGCCUUGCAGCAGCACACAGCCAGCCCUAAGCUGCCUGCCCUAGCUGGCCUUCCAUCAUGCCGAGCUGGGAUCCAGCUCUCUCCACCCUACACCAGCCCCCCCAGAGCUUCCAGUACCACAGCCCCUCGCCAUCAGACAGGGAUUCCUGCCUGUCUGUUGGGCUUCACAGCUGGAUGGACAUGGAUGUAGCGGAUUGUGCAGAUGGUGCAGGGUCUUUUGCUGCCACACAUAUCAGUCACACCAUCCAAGACCGAAUUACAUGCUCAGUAGACCAUCAAGCAGCACUCAUAGUGGCAGGUUUUUGAAGGUUGUUCAGUCAUGACAUGGCUGAAGGUGUAGACCAUCUCACACCAAGUGUGCAGCAUACAGUGGAGCUUGCGUGCCUGAUUGUGCCUCCACAGUGCACAUUGUAAAAACACAGCAUUUGCCGUUUCUCCCAAGAUGGAUGGGGGCUCUUAAAUUAGAGAGUGAAAGAGUCAUGGGUUUCUGCUGUAAGAAUCUGUGGAGUGAUAUAGGAGCAAAGGACAGUAUAGUUGAAUUUAGAUGGUACCAGUUCAUAAACACUACUGCGUGGUGCUGUAGUGGAACAUCAGUCUCUCAGUGCUAGUGAAUUUCUUCUCUGGGGUGGGCCAGCACCAGGGUUGAGGGCAUGUUUCUUGCUCAGUGGCCAAUUAAAUCGCUCCUCCUGGGGUGGUCUGUGUGGGAGAUGGUCCCACUGUGUGCCUGGGCAGAAACCAAGUAGCCUUGGGGUGAAGAGUGAGAAGACGCUUCCAUGUUGGAGUUGUCAUAGGGUUAGAUAAUAUUCAACAUUCCACACUUUGAGUGUUUUUUUUUUUUUUUUUUUUUUUUUAAACUGUAGAAAAUUGUACAUUUUCCUCCACUUCAGCUUGCACAAAUGCCUUACAUUUUUUAGUUUUGAAAUUUUAGAAGCUUUUGUAAUAGAACUGUUUUAUAUAGCUGAUUUUUGAAUUUAGUAUUAUAUUUGUUAAAAAUGGUAUUUUAAAAAAAAUGUAGACUUUGACUUGCUGAGUUGUUCAAAUGCAUAUGACUUCCCUUAGUAAAAUGCUCUUCUUGCAUUUGCUCUGCACCACCUUCCUUUAGCGUGAAUUAAACGGUGAAGGCAGAAAUGACUGUUUAAACAGGAGACAUUUAAAUGCCAGCAUGUGUUAUUGCGUUGUAAGGGGUGUUAUUCAACCAUGCAAUAUUGUAUCGUGGUUUGGAGACAUCCUGCAGCAGAAUUGGCUGGCUUCAUAUGAUACCUCACAUUACCUGUAUUUGGGGGACAGAUAGGAGCCCCCUGUUCAUCACUGUUAAUUUAAAUUUAAAACGGUUGAGAACAAAAGAGAUUUAUAAAUAAUUUGUUUUUCUACCAGAGGAUUUCUACCCUUUCUAAGGCGAGCUAACUGUAGAGGUUGUUAUGUUGAGACUCAGCUGACUUGUGACCUGUGAAGCCACCUGGAAGUGCCUGUCUAGGGCCAGCGUCUGCUGCCAUGCAGCUCCAUGUUUCUUUAAGGGCAGUGUUUCCCAGCCACCCAGCUUCCUACCAUCAGUCCAUUUUUUUUGCCGCCCAUGUCCUGCAAAAACGUGGACUGUCUGCGGGUCUCCGAGGACCAGAUUGGGAAACACUGCUUUGAGGGGGCCGCGAUGUACCCCGUGCAGAACAGCUGCUCCAGUAUUUUCACUUUGCUGCCGUUCACUUUUCCACACUGCAUCCCCCAAAGUAGUAUGCUACUGGUAAAAAUUUUGGUUACAUUUUCAGCAUUCAAUCUAGAAUAAGACCAUUAUGUAAUGGUUGUUUCAGGGUUAUAUAUACAAUUUGCAAUUCGCAAAAAGGCUAAAUGUAGCACCAAUAUUGGCCUGUAAUCCAAAGGUAUAAAAAAAGCAUUUUUGACUCAUGAAGACAUGUUGCACACUCAGGUUUUCCAUUGAGGAAACGUCAGGCAGGGGUUUCUAGGAGAAUUAUAAAAAUGUAUCUAUGCAGACCUGGAUUUUCACCCUGCCUUAGCCUGUCAUUUUCUCAAACAGUUGUAUUUCUGUUCCCACAUAUAUUUUUCUAUUAUACUAUUUGAAGUUUGGAUAGGGAGUGUUCACAUGCUAUAGUCAUGCCCGAAAAUUCUGCUAUGCACUAAAAGUUGAUCGAUGCCUUUUUAAAGAAUCCUGUCGCCUAUAUAUGUUGAGCAGGGGUAGGGAACCUGAUCCAGGGAGAGCCGGUGUGGCUGCGGGUUUUUGGGAUGGCCUCUCAAUCAGCCAAUAAUAAAGCAGCGAUUCUCAACUCCAGUCCUUGGAAUCCACUGUUAUUGGCUGAUUGAGAGGCCAUCCCAAAAACCCACACCGGCUCUCCAUGGAUCAGGUUCCCUACCCCUGAUGUAGAGAAAGUUUAAUUGUAAAAAAAACCACAGGAUGACUGAAGGUCUUGCUCACCCUGUAUGUAUCGUAUGUGCAUUGAAAAGGGUACAAUGCAAAGGUCUUAAUAUAUAUAUAUAUUUUUUUUAGCCAAUAAAGAAUUGAAUUCAGUGGAUUAGACUAUGCAAACACAACAGUGCAAUGUGAAGCUCCUCAUUGGGUAUUUGCAUGUUCUUUAGACAUGUCCAUUUUGCAUUUUGUAGAAACACCAGCAUGUUCUGAAUAUCCCCCCCCCCCCAA